AUGGAAGGCUCAGCCGUGCAGCAGGCACCUACGCCGCCGAAUGACAACAGCAAUACCAACAGAGGCCAACGACGCAGACGGAGAGGCGGAGGUGGUCCCAGCAGACCGUCGCCCGCUCAACCAGAAACUACAGCUCCCAUAAGACAGACCGCAGGCAGACCCUUUGGGGGACGUCUCACACGACUACACGCAGACGCACCGCCUUUCGUCCCGUCCUCUCUACCACCGCCUCCUCAAUCGAGCACGCAGUCCAAAGACUCGAAACCUCGCCCUCCCCGCCCCAGUAACAAGACCACACCCGCACGAACGCCGCAGCGGCCACAAGGACGGAGAGGCUCGGUCGCCCGAUCGACGGCUCCGGACAUCGCCACCCGAAUUCAUGAGGACAUCUCACACAAUCUGUACGAGUGUGCAAUUUGCACAAACGAGAUUGGUCGGUCUUCAAAAGUCUGGUCAUGUCGGACAUGUUGGACAGUAUUCCACAUUGGCUGCAUCAAGAGAUGGUCAAAAAACGAGGGCUCAGCCGUCCCUCGCUCUGCAGGCCAAAGUGAUGAAGAGACGCAGACGGGGAAGCAGUGGAGAUGUCCCGGUUGCAAUCUACCCAAGGACACCUUUCCAUCGACAUACACUUGCUGGUGCGAGAAGGAAAUAGAUCCAAAGAACAUCACUGGUCUACCUCCGCAUUCCUGCGGGCAAUCUUGUGGGCGCGAGAGGACGUUCCCAAAGGCAUGUCCGCAUCCUUGUGAUCUCCUCUGCCAUGCCGGGCCGUGUCCGCCGUGCUCAGCAAUGGGCCCCAAGCAGAGUUGCUACUGUGGCAAGCAGGAAACAACGAGGCGAUGUGUCGAAACAAACUAUGAGACGGGCUGGAGCUGCGGUGCCGUGUGUGGCGAUAUCAUGCCAUGCGGCGAGCACACUUGUCAAAGACCCUGUCACGAGGGUCUCUGCGGCGCUUGUACCACUGAGAUCGAUGCACGGUGCUACUGUGGAAAGCUGGAACGGAAGAUCUUAUGCAAAGAUCGAGGUGAAGAGAAGCCAAGUAGUGACUGGGUUGGGCUCUUCGAUUGCGGUCAACAAUGUGACAGACUCAUGGACUGUGGGGUUCACCGCUGCGAAAAGCCAUGUCAUCCCCAGGAUGCGGCAAUACCCCAUUGUCCGAGGUCAGUCGACGUCGUUACUCACUGCCCCUGUGGGAAAACUCCUCUGGCUAAACUCGACAAUGGCCUUCGAACACUCUGUACCGAUCCGAUCCCGAGCUGCGAAAAGGAGUGUGGAAGAUCAUUACCAUGCGGACACAAAUGCAAGCAGACAUGUCAUACCGGAGCAUGCAGUCCUUGCACGCUCAAAAUCUCCAAACCAUGUCGAUGUGGCCGCAAUUCGUUUGACGUCAUCUGCCACGAAGCGACCGAGGAACCACCUCAGUGCACACGUUUGUGCAAGGCUACCCUGAACUGUGGCCGUCAUGAGUGUGGUGAGCGAUGUUGCACAGGGGAGCGCAAAGCAUCUGAGCGUCAAGCCACCAAGCGGAAACUCAAACCUCUGGGAAGCGUCACCCGGGCCUUGGACGAGAAUAUCGAAGCAGAGCACAUUUGCACUCGACCAUGCGGCCGCAAGCUGAAGUGUGGAAACCACGUCUGUCAAGAUCUCUGCCACCGCGGGCCAUGCGGCAGCUGCAGGGAAGCCAUUUUUGAUGAUAUCUCGUGCAGCUGUGGUAGGACCGUUCUCCAGGCGCCGUUACCAUGCGGCACCCGUCCACCGCCGUGCAAUUUUCCGUGCAACAGGACGAAGGACUGUGGCCACCCUCCCGUUGUACACAAUUGCCACCUGGACGAGGAAGAAUGCCCCAAAUGUCCAUUUCUCACCGAGAAGCAAUGUCUGUGCGGCAAGAAGACUCUGAAAAACCAACCAUGCUGGAGGGCCGAUGUGUUGUGCGGAUUGGUCUGCGGAAAGCCCCUCCAAUGUGGCUCCCAUACCUGUCGAAAGACGUGUCAUAGGCCGGGUGAAUGUGAAGAUGCCCACCAACAGUGCCAGCAAGAGUGUGGCAAGACGAAGAAAACCUGUGGGCAUCCAUGUGAGCAGCCCUGCCACGCUCCUUCGACAUGCAAGGAAGAUAAGCCAUGUCCGUUCAAGGUGAUGAUUACGUGCGACUGUCAACGCAAAAAGGAAGAGGUCAGGUGCAAUGCGCGGGCGCACAUGCCUGAACCCCCUGGUCGACAGACGUCGCUCAAGUGUGACGACGAGUGCGCCAGGUUGGAGAGAAAUCGCAAACUGGCUCUAGCUCUUCACAUUCCUGACGAUCACACCGAUGAGCAUGUCCCUUACUCGACCAACACUCUCAACAUGUACCUGGAAGAUGUGGCAUGGGCACACAAGCAGGAAGAAAUCUUGCGGCUCUUUGCGGCGGAUGAAAAUGAGAAGAGAUACCGCUUCCCACCCAUGAGAAAGCGCCAGCGAGGAUUUAUCCACAGUCUGGCGGAAGACUUUGGUUUUGACGGAGAAAGUCUGGAUCCCGAGCCCCAUCGACAUGUUGUGUUGUUCAAGACACCAAAGUUCGUCGCCGCUCCCAUGAAGACUCUAGCUCAAGCAGCAAGAAUCAAGCGGGCACAGCUGAACGUUUCCGCCCCGGUCCAGUCAACGCCAGAUCGCAAAGCAGACGAGGUCAAGCACGACUACAACGGGUUGUUGUUGACCAAACCCAGAUUUGCACUGACUGAAGACGAAUUGCGACCGCUGGUCAAGAAGUCUGCCCCAACCAUCGAGUUCGACAUUAUCUUUUUGUCCAACGACGAGGGCGUCGCUCUUUUGCCCACCCUAUCUUCAGACACUCCAGAGCAGUUGGUCACUCUCCUCGCCAGUCUGCAGCCUACAAUUGCUGGGGAGGUGAUCAAACACAACCUUGGCGCAUCGGUGGUCCUCUGCCAAUUCGACACUUCGGACCUUGAGCCAAAGAUCCUUCAGCAACAAGGCAGACCAAGUCCAUCACUCUCAAGUGGAUGGUCUCAAGUUGCGGCGAAGAAGGCAGCACCAGCAGUAGCACCUCAGGUCAAGCCUGUCGGUCAGCGACCAGUGUAUACUGUCCUGGGGAGUCGGUUGGCGGAAGCCAAGAGGAAGAAACAGGACGAGGAGAAGCUGCGGAAGAAAUCCCAGCAGCAGGAGGUAGUGGAGGAUUGGGAAAAGGAGAUGGAGCAAGAAGAAAGCGACGAGGCCGCAAGGAGGAAUAGUCAGGACAAUGUCGAGCCCAGUGGGGGGGUUAGUGCAAGCUUGGAAGCAUGA